GCAAGAAAGCCAAGAGAAGCCGAAAGGUGGGGGAUAGGCAUGCCGUCUAUGAAAACGGUAUUAAAACGAAAUAAAACCGACCGUGCACCUGGGGAGAAGGAUCUCAGACCGUGCGGUAUUUUGGUUGUAAAAUCGAGGCUGAAUCCGCUGGAUUCGAAUUAAGCCGAUCGAUCGGGUGACGGGUAUAUAUGUUGCCGAUGGCACUAUGAUCGAUACCGUUUGCACAUUCCACGGCAACUCAUGGACGUAAAAUUUCGAUGAUCUUGAUGCGUGGUGAUCUCGCUGCUAAUAACGUAGUGGAAACACGACGGAGCGGAUAUACUUCCCUCGGAGAGUAAAACGGAGUUUUUCUAGCGAUUCGUAGAGGAAGGAGGAAAAGAAAGGAAGGUGCAUAAUGCAACAAGUCUGAACGCCGACAUACGUCAAGUCAGUGCUCAGAAUCUAAAUUUUGGACAGCACUUAAACAGAGGGAUGCCACGUAGCAAGCGAAGAGGGCCUUCCAGCACAAACCACAAUCAUACUCCCAUUGAUAUGUCAGUGUCUGGUGCACAUGAAGAAAGUUUACCUAGGCAUCCUUCAAAACGGUUGAGACACACCUCUAGUGCCAGACGAUAUACAAAAUCUGAUGAUGUAUCCAAUGUGUCAACAUUCUCCCAAAAACGUUGUAUCACCUGGUUUAGAGAAUAUACCUCUCCAGAUGACAUGGACACUCUCGGGCCUGAAGGAAUGGAGAAGUUUUGUGAGGAUAUCGGCGUAGAACCUGAAAACGUAGUGAUGCUCGUUCUCGCGUACAGGAUGAACGCUCGUCAAAUGGGCUUCUUCACACUGAGCGAAUGGCUUAAAGGCUUCUCGGAGCUUCAGUGCGACUCGAUUAGUAAAAUACAACAGAAGCUCGAGUAUCUAAGGAAUCAAUUAAAUGACCCGUACACAUUUAAGGGAAUCUACAGAUAUGCUUACGACUUCGCUAGAGACAAAGAUCAACGUAGUAUGGAAAUGGAAACGGCAAGAGUAAUGUUACAACUGCUUUUGGGAAAGCAUUGGCCACUAUUUACACAGUUUGCUCAGUUCCUAGAUCAAUCAAAGUACAAAGUGAUCAAUAAAGAUCAAUGGUGCAACAUAUUAGAAUUUUCACGUACAAUCAAUCAUGACUUAUCUAAUUAUGAUUUAGACGGAGCGUGGCCAGUAAUGCUUGACGAAUUUGUUGAGUGGUUAAAAAUUCAACGAGGCGAAGGAUCAUCAUCAACAGAUACUAGAGGCAGCUGAAACAUCAUAAGAAUAGUCCAUUGAACUAAGAACAUUCAUUUCUUUUUAUCAUAAUAUUCUGUAAUUAACGAAAUUUCUGUUUCUAAAUAUCAUAAUCUCACAAUAUUUCCAUUACCACCAUUCAUACUAUUUUUUUUAUUGCAAUUAAAUGAUAGUGAUGUAUUGUAAGUAGCCUACUUUAAUGAUUUACGGUAUCUUUUACACAAAUUUGGCUGAAAAUUUCACUUAAUUGGUUUUCUUAUUUGUCGCCACUUGCAAUUAGGAUUUGUCGGAAACUUGUGAUUAGAAAUAAAACUAUUUUGAUAUAAGA